GGGGAAGCUCUCAGCCAAGAAUCCUGCUGCUAAGGCCACUACCUCGGGCGAUGAUGAUGUCCAAUUCAUCAAGUGUACCAAGCGCAAGGGACCUACUAGCUCAGCCCCUUCUGCCUCAAGGAGAAGAACUCGGGCCUCGGGAUCGACUCUGAAGUCCUCGACUCCAGAGCCUUCUCUUAAUCCUUGCGUGGACCUAGCCAAGGUGGUAGCUGAUCUCUCUUCCUCUACAUUUCCAGGGAGUGCCUGCUUUCUUCCUUCUGGGAUCUCCCAAAGGCCUUCGAGGGUGUUCAGUUUGAUCUCCUCCAGGUUAUGUCUCAGAUUCACCAUCUUGAGGACAUGGUGAACGAGCAGUCAUCCAAGAAGGAGCUGGAGAGCGUGAAUGCUCAGCUCAAGGAAGAGAAGAACAAGGUCCUGGCUCAGGGAAAGGAGAUCAAAUCCCUUCAACUCAAGCUGAAGAACUCGAAGGAGGCUGAGGGUGCUACUGCCGCGGAGAACACCGCUCUGACGCGCCAGUUGGAGGAGACCCAGGAGGAGCUCUGUGGGCUGAAAUUGGAGAAGGAGUCCUUUGAGGACGAAAGGAUGAUGGCGGUGAGUGGAGCCAAGGUGACUCCUCGCUGGGAGCUGAUGAGGGAAUGGCUUAGGGAGCAGACCGACAAAUGGGAGUUGGCUGUGGAGUUCCAGCGGUACAAGCUGGUGAAGGAGGCCGAGGCGAAGCUGCAAGGGCUGCCUCCUCCUUCGUUUGAUGACGAGCCACCUCUUCCCGAAGCCGAUGCCGCCAAGGAGACUUCCCCUACUCCAUCUGAGGGCGCGGGUGCUUCUCCAACUGCCUGA